CGUAUUAAGUAUUAACCAGUAAUUUUUAAAUUUAAACAAAGAAAAAAACAGGGGAAGAAGGUAAUUGAGAUCGAGAUAAACGUGUGAAAUCAAUAACAUGGGUGAUAUGAUGAUACCCCUCCAAAGCAAAAGAGUACUGCACCAUCGAUCGUUUUCAUCACUUAAGUGCUUCUCCAAAAGGUCAUGACUUGCAUGUGUUUUUGCUAUAACGGGAAACGUGUCCUUAUGUGAAAUGGUCUGCCUUACACAAUGUAAUACACAUAUUAUCGUUUUAUCUCUGUACUAUAUACCACUACAUGGGCUAUGGCAAUAUCGCACGUUCCAAAUUAAACGUGUGGAAAUUAUAUUUGAACGUUUACAACUUAGAAGCUCUAAGCCAUGCUGCUGGCUAGCUGCUCCCUAUAUAGUAUUGAAUCAAUCUCAACCCUUCAAUAAACCUUAUUAUUACGUUGUAAAUGGCUUUGAUGAACUAUUUCUGCAUUUCUGGAGUGCACGCAUGGGCAGUAGUACUACUUUAAAUAUUCUCAUCACGACCGACCCACACCACGUGCUUUUUUCCCUGUCUUUUGGACUCUCUCACUUUCACGUGAAUGGUGAAAGACUGGACCUAACUUGUUAAGCGAAUUUCGACAUAUAAAACAUGUGACUGAAUUCAUCGACAUGGGGAGAACAGGAGAGGUUGCGAAUUUGGCUUCGUAAACUUCUCUUUUUUCCUAUAUAAGCCACUGGAAACAGCCCAACCAAUUGUGUGUUGGAUCUAUUCCCCAAAGCUCCUUUCUCUCCUCUCUUUUCCAGCUUAUAACAAGUGCUUUGAGAGGAAUUAUCAAAGAAAGUUACGUGAUUUUGUACAUGGUAAAUGCCUUGCCAUUAUCAUGUGUCGUCACUUGACUUGGGUGCUAGCUAGCACUCCAUUACUCUUUCAUCUUUCUCUUUCCAUCUCGUCAUCUUGUUCCAUUAUAUAUAGAGGAGGUUAAGAGGGUUGAUCUUAAGUAGUUAGACACAUUAUUAUGUUUAAGCUUUUUGUGAGGAGAUCAAGCUAUAAGGGAUCGAUAUGGAUAAAGGGUACUCAUCAUCAUCACAAGCUCUGAUCUCCUCUACCAUGAAGCUCAAGCCUGUAAUCAACUGCAUGGACCAGAGCUCCUCCAUGCUCCAGUACCCUCCCUCAGCCGACUCAGGCGGCGGCGGCGGCAUGUUGGCCGUCGAACUUCCCGACCCGCCGGCGGCAGCCAUGUUCAUGGUGGCGCCCACUCCGGCCGGGAAGGCCUCCAGAGGGUGGUGGUGGUAAGAAGGCGGCGAGUAAUCCAUCUCCAUGGUGUCAGCAGAGACUUGGCUCGAGCUGCCCAUGUUCAUGCAAUGGUGGUGGUCCGACCCGAUUCCCGGCUGCUGCUGACCCGCCGGAAACUGCUGAUCGGCUUGCUUGAGGUGCUUCUGAAUCCUCGUACGCCAGUAGUUCUUGAUCUCGUUGUCCGUCCUUCCUGGCAGAUGCUUCGCUAUCUUCGACCAC